UUCGCCGCUCCGUGUGAAUUUCGCACCGGGCAGAGUGAGGAUUUGGGUGAUUCCGGUCUCGAUCUCCUGGGUCUUUGCUCUAAGUUGAAGUUACCCGACCAGAGGAGGCAACUCCUCCGCCAGUUCCGAGCCGAUGAAGCAGUGAUUUCGAUCCUUCUGCUUGCUGUUUGCCUCUGCGUCUAGUGUAGGUUGGAACCGUGUGCCACAAUGGCGUGGUCCAUGGAUUUGUUGUGCAAUCGCGGUUGUUUUUGUUGUUGUCUAUAGAUUUCUUUCUUUCUCUUGGAAAUGAUCGACUCAACAUGAAGGGGGAAAAAGACUGUGGUCUGUUGAUGCUCAUUUCCCUAGUAAUGUGAAUAACUACGAGCCCUAAGUGAAGCAACAGACCUCUCUUCUCCGGAUUUGUUAGCAUUCAGCCAUGCGCAUCAGGUUAGGGCUCUUCGCCUCAAGUGCGGGAAGAGAGAUCUUGCUUAGUUACUAGUACUGCACCAUUGAGUGGAUAGGGUGCUUUUACGCGCAAGGAAAAUAAAUCCAUCCUUUUGCCUCAAACUAAUGUUGGCUCCAGAAUGCUGGAUUUGGGUCCAACACGCCAAGUUGCGGCAAAAGAGAUCAUUUCCCAACCUCCUUCCAUGUGCUUGCAAUCUGCAUUUAUCAUGUAAGCAGGACCAGGGCCAAAGUGAAACUUAAAGGAGACACCUUUGCUUCAUAUUCUUUCCGUGUGCUGGUAACGUAGCAUCUCCUCAAAGGAUGGAAUCUUUGGCCCAAGUGCAGUAUCAAAUGAUUCUCUCCAAUUAAAAAACUAGUGUGUGUUGUUCCUUGUUUUUUCACAUCUAAUCUGGCAGAUCUAAGAGGAGCUGAGAUGCUCCAUGUGAGUCGCUCGUUUUUUCCCUUUAGCUAGUCUUAUCUGGCUCUUAGGACUGCUUUUUUAAUGGGGAAUGUAGAUCACAUCUGAUGUAUUUGAUUAUUUAAUGCUCCUGGCUGUUCCAGCUCCUUGUUUCUUUAUCUGCCUGCCCAACUGUACUUGGAUCCCGGAAAGUCUAUUUGUGACUUCUGGUGCCUUUGCUACCUGUUAGCCAUUCUUGUGGAUCUGAAGUUUGGUAGGCUGUUUAAGAAGGAAAGCUGCUGCAAGAGUAAAGCUGCAAUUGUGUGACAGGUUUCCAAGAAAAUGGCAAGAAAUGCAAGGGCGAAGAGGCAUGCGGCUCGUCGUCUCAGGGCCACGCCGUAUCCUAUUCCUUCGUACCGCUGGAAGGCAAUGAAAGGAGCCAACCGGAAGAAAGCACUGCCAACUGUGCAGAAGAUGGACUGGGAAGAUGCCAACUGCUCUGUGUGCAUGGAGUACCCACACAAUGCUGUGCUUCUCCUUUGUUCAUCUCAUGACAAGGGCUGCCGCCCUUACAUGUGUGGAACGAGCUACCGGCACUCGAAUUGUCUCGAUCAGUUCAAGAAGGCAUACACCAAGGGGGCAUUGCUUGAGGAGCUGCCUGCAAGCACUGUUGGCAGUACCUUGGACUUUGUGCCAUUGACUGCAGUCGAGAAGACUGAGUCCAUUGACCUCGCAUGCCCAUUGUGUCGUGGCAAAGUAAAGGGGUGGACUGUGGUAGAACCAGCUCGAAGUUACCUGAACGGAAAAAGGAGAACAUGCAUGCAGGAUGGCUGCUCGUUUGUGGGGACGUACAAGGAACUCCGCAAGCAUGUGAAGUUGGAGCACCCUCUUGUACAGCCAAGGGAAGUGGAUCCUGCCGUUGAACAGAAGUGGAGAUCGCUCGAGUUUGAAAGAGAGAGGGAAGAUGCACUCAGCACGGUCACCUCGUCAAUGGGGAGGGCAGUGGUCUGGGGUGACUAUGUGUUGGACCUGGAGGAUGGAGCGGACUUGGAGGACGAAGACAGCGACGACGAGGAUCAUGGCAAUGACCGGGAGGCGGAUAAUGCUCGAAGGUUGAUAAUAUUCAUGAUGCGUCAAGUUGCUCAGCGACACCGGACCCAAAGGCUCCAGAGUCCAAGUGGCAUGUCUGGCAACCCCGAGGAAGAUUAUGCGGUUAGCGGUGGUGGUGCCAAUGGAACCACUCCAUACCCCUUCACCUCAGAAGGCGACGACGAGGAUGACAUGGCUCUGGCCGGAGGGGGAGGCGCGGGUAUGCUUAGAUCAGACAGGCGUCGCCGGCGGCGCCGUAGGAACCGUGGAAGACUGUUCUUAGACUCUAAUUGAGGAAGGCAGGGACUUUGUCACCAGAGCACAUGCACAGCUGAUUCCCUGGUGCCUGGCAUUCAUCAAUUCCAACCAAAAUUUACUUGUUCAUGAUCAUUGUACCAAAGUAGUUUGUCUUAACCUCACCUCAUUGCUUUCCAUCAACCAUGUAUCAUUUUCACAUUCUUUGCUGAAAAGGGAAAAUGCCGCAUCCAUCUUGUGCGGCUUGUGUA